AUGUCGACUGAAAGUGAAGAAAGACUCGCAGAAGCAGUAAGAAAAUAUCCUGCUUUGUAUGACAAGCAAGAUAAAAAUUUCAGAGAUAAAAACAAAAAAAGAUUAGCUUGGGCAGAUGUGGCAAAAGAACUUAACAUACAGAAUGUUACCGAAGUCGAAAAAGCUUUUCGAAACUUCAGAAGCAAGUAUGGGAAAGCGAAAAAGAAGUGGAACUCUUUAAACAAAAGUGGAGCCGGUGCAAAAGAAGCGAGACGUCCUCCUCUUCUCGAAGUGCUAGGGUGGUUGGAACCAUAUAUCGUGGAAAGAGGCACAUCAUCCAAUUGGAGCACCAGUGAAUCUGUGGCACAAGAAGAAGAUGACGACAGGGAAUUAUUCGAAGGAGAACAGUUUGACCAGGAAGAAGAAGAUGGAGAUAUAGAGGAAGAUGGAGGAAAUGACGGUGACAACGAGUCAGUGAUAUCGGAACCAGUAACAAACCCACCACCUCUUCUGUCCAACAAAAGUAAACAAAACGUUUCGGAUGUCACGGGAAGACAAAAAUUCCAAAAGGGCGCAACUAAAAGGAAGGCAGAGUUGGAGACAAACUUAGUUCAAGUAACACCGACGCCAAAGAUGACGAUCAGCUUUAUGGUGAUUUACUCGCCACAAAACUGA